UUUUUUUUUUUUUAACUUUAGCAGAAGUGCGGAUGUGAGCUGCAUAUUGAUACGGAACAGGCCGCCACUUUUCUGUUUUAACAAUGCGGGCUUAGGCGAUGAUCAUUUUGUGGAGCUAUGAAUCCCGAGGAGCAGACUGUAACGUGGUUGAUAUCGUUAGGAGUGCUCAGCUCGCCCAAAAAGAACAUAGCGGACCCGGAGGAGUUUCUGAAAACAUCACUCAAGGAUGGGGUCGUCCUGUGCAAGCUCACGGAGAGACUCAUACCUGGCUUCACGCCCAAGUAUUCCCAGGAUCCAAGAACUGAAGCUGACUGCAUCUCCAACAUCAAGGAGUUUUUAAGAGGAUGCUCGUCGUUGAAAGUGGAGGGGUUUGAACCAGAGUGGUUAUACACUGGAGAGAAUUUUGGCAAGGUCCUGAAUACGCUGCUGGCAUUCAACUUUGCCACGCAAGAUUGUGCUGUGGAGCGAUGUCCUCAGUCCGGUUCGUCCUCUCCUAAUCAGACGACGUCUUCACACGCGCUGUCCUCCACCAGAUCCAAAGGGUCUCUGCGCAGACAAUCUAAAUCAGUGGAAAUGUCUGAAAAUGGCGGCGGCGGGCAGGUGAUGGUGAAGGCCCGCUUCAACUUCAAGCAGAACAACGAGGACGAGCUGUCUUUCAGCAAAGGUGACAUGAUCAUCGUCACGCGGCAGGAGGACGGCGGAUGGUGGGAGGGGACCCUUAACAGCAAGACGGGCUGGUUCCCUAGCAACUACGUUCGAGAAAUCAAACCAUGCGAAAAGCCAUUAUCUCCUAAAGGAACUCCUCUGACCAAGAACUACUUCAGUGUGGUGGUUCAGGACAUCUUGGAGCAUGAGCGGGAGUUUGUUAAAGAGUUACAAACUGUGCUCACUUGUUACCUCCGACCCCUGCAAGCUAAUGACAAGUUAAGUAGUGGAGACAGCGCCACCUUGUGUGGGAACCUGGAGGAGAUCCUCACCUUCCAGCAGGGACUGUGUUUAGCUUUGGAGGACUGCACCAAAGUUGCAGAGGGGCAACAGAGAGUGGCAGGAUGCUAUUUAAAUCUCAUGAGUCAGAUCAAGAGUCUCUACCUGACUUACUGUUCAAGUCAUCCAUCAGCCGUCUGCAUCCUAACUGAUCACAGUGAGGAACUGGGUAAGUUCAUUGAGAGCCAGGGAGCAAGCACUUCAGGCAUCCUCACCCUGACCACCAGCCUCAGUAAGCCCUUCAUAAGGCUCGACAAAUACCCAACACUGCUGCAGGAGCUGGAGAGACAUGUGGAGGAAGCUCAUCCAGACUAUGCGGACAUCAUAAAGGCAACAGCUGCAUUUAAGAGUCUAGUGUCCCAGUGUCAAGACCUAAGGAAGCGCAAGAACCUGGAGCUGCAGAUCCUGUCAGAACCAGUGCGGGGCUGGGAGGGAGACAGCAUGAAGAGCCUGGGACAAGUGGCCUAUAUGUCUCUGGUCCAUGUGAGAAAUGGGGCCAGUGAGGAAAAAGAGGAACGCUAUCUUAUGCUUUUCCCAAAUGUCUUAGUUAUGCUGUCUGCUAGUCCCCGGAUGAGUGGCUUUAUUUAUCAGGGAAAGCUCUCGCUAACAGGCACCACGGUAACAAGACAAGUAGAAGAUGGAGAAAACACUCCUCAUGCAUUUGACAUCACAGGAGGCAUGAUUGAUCGCUUUUCAGUGUUCUGCAGCAGCGCUCAAGAGUUGCAAGAGUGGCUGGAGCACCUGCAGCCUUACACCAAAUCAGGAAGUCCUGCAGGCACCAUUUCAAAGACUGCAAAUGGGAAGCCGCUGAGCGCAGUCGGCACUCCCACACACCUUCCCCACCUGAGUGGCCCGAGCGCCGUCAGCCGGGGUCCCCUGGAGCCGCCAAAGACCAGCAAGCCGUGGACCCUCAGCUGCCUGCGUCCUGCUCCGCCUCUUAAGCCCUCUGCUGCGCUGGGCUACAAAGAGAGGAUGUCUUAUAUCAUGAAGGACUCCAGUAAGAGCCCAAGGCCGAUAAAAAAGUUCCUGCCAGGCAACAGGAAGAAAGACCGCAAGCCCUCUGAUGACGAGUUUCAGAUAAGAAAAAGCACAGCUGCUCUGGAGGAAGACGCUCAGAUACUUCGGGUGAUUGAGGCUUAUUGCACAGGAGCCAGCCUGCACCAAACCACCACAGCGGUACGGAAAGAGUGUGUCCCUCAGGUUCUCCUGCCUGAAGAAGAGAAAAUAAUCGUGGAGGAAAUUAAGAGCAACGGACAGACAGUAACUGAGGAAAAGAGCCUGGUUGACGCAGUUUAUGCUUUAAAGGACGAGGUUCAUGAGUUAAAAAAGGAAAAUAAGUGGAUGAAGCAGUUUCUGGAGGAGGAGCAGAAGUCUCGCAAAGAGCUGGAAAGAUUGGUGAGAAAGCUGAGCAAGCAGAAGAACGACUGCGGCUGGGAGGACAGCAGCCAUUAGGACAGUGGACCGUCCUCACAGCACACCUCUUCAGCCUGUUAGCUCCCGUUUACAGGAGCGGACUCGCACUGGGGCAGGUUUCUGUGUGUUUAUGCGUUUAUUUUUCCAUGCGUGUCUUCCGUCUUCACAUUUCACUUGCACAUAAACGUGGAGCUUCGUCGCCUCCAACCCUGGAGCUGGAUUUGACAGCUCGACGGAAUCGGAUCCGUCUCAUCGGAAGACCCAAACAAGCAUGCUUACUGCCGAACAGCUCGGCUAAUCCUCUGUGUUUCAAGCAAUCUCCCCCAUUUGGACUGUAAGAUCCGCCCUGCUAAUGGAAGAAUUCUGGAAAGAAACAAACUCUCCGUAGCUUCUUCUGCUGUUGUUGGAAUAGAAAAGGAGUAAAAAGCCAUCGAGUUUUCUGCUUCUCUUGUCUGAACUUCUUUUAAAACCAGCCUGAUGAUGAUCUCUUCAAAUCAUGACUUUGUCACUGUUGUAUUUUAUUACCAUAGGGCUCCUUGUUGGAAAAAAAAACUUCCUGUUGUGCUUUCAUGAUACACAGCAUUUUUCAACAUGACAAAGAUUCAUCCAAUUCAUGUUCAGGGGAUUUUAUAGGCAUUUUAGCAAGUCACACAGGUGACUUUAACAAGCUCAAUCUCCAAAUGCAGCUGUAUACUGUUUAUUUAAAAACUGCAUGGAUGUACAGUGUUUCUACAUUAUAAAUUCUGCAUCAGAAAUGCAAUAAUCAAUAUAUAUCCAGACAUAUAUACUCCAAAGCAAUGCAUCUGCAUAAUGAAAUAGGAAAGACUUAACUCUGUACUAUUUGCUAUUAUAAGAGUAGACAAAGAGGUAACCCUUACUAAAAUAUAUAUGGGAAUCAUUUUAACAUGUUGAGUAGAUAACCAUUCUUUGUUUUGAAUUUAUAAGGAUAGUCCGUAUUUAUUGCUAACCCAGACAUUUAAAAUGUGGUGUAAGCCUUAUGGAGAACGUUUUGCAAGGAAAACCCUGUUUUAUAUUGCUAAAGAGGAAAAAGAGAAUCUUGUUUUUCUUUGAGAAUUUACAGAUUUCUGUCUGGGAACAGAGGAAAUAAACAGAUGUUGGUGUUAAACAUAUUUAAGUGCCUCCCGAAGGGGUCCGAAAACCAAACAAGAGUUCGAGACCGACUGGGACUAAACAUGAAAUAUAUUCAAAGUGUCAAGCUUAGUUUAAUGAUGUUAUUAUGUAUGUUGGGUCUGAAAACAAACAGCGCUUUGCUUCCUAUUUAUGGUCGUGGCCUCUUUCUGAAGACCAACCGCGGUACAUUUCCUCAUGGGGACGAGCGCACGCACUGUCAACGCUGUUAUGUGGUGCACUGCACAGAAACAGUGAAUGUAACUGAAAUGCAAUAAGUGACUGCUUUACUGACAGACCUCUGGGUAAAAACCAGCAGCCAUCAGUCAGAUUCAAACAACCUGCAAUAUUAAGGACUGAAUGAAUUCAUGAACAAAAAACCCUCCAGAUGCUUUUUAUUCGCCUUUACUCAGUGACGUUCCUGAUUAAAAACAAUGAGGUCCAUUUUUUUUCAUCCACAAAUGAUCCAGAUUGUUGAAUUUGUGACACAGUUGCUGUGUGAGAAGUGUGUUUUUUUUGUUUUUGUUUUGUUUUUGCACGCACCUCUAUUCAGAAACUUCUCAGCACUGUGUAGCAUUUGAUGCAGCUGGUUCAUCUGCAAAGGUGUAACUUUCAGGCUCAAAGGCACAUCUCGUCUCACCAGCCAGACUAGGUGAUCUAAUAAUGUUGCAGAGAUGCAACCUCCCCUCAAAACGACUGUUUCCAUUAAGCACCACACA